AUGCUCCCGAAGACAGCAAACGAAUUCGAUCGCCAUAAUGCCAAGCGACCAUCAUUGACUGAACGCUUAAAAAACGUGCGCGUUGCAGAUAUCAGCCAACUACCAGCAGUAACCAAACGUGCAGGAAGUGCAGUGACUGCAAAAAAGACAAACAUCUCAAUAAAUUCGAGAAGAAACUCAUGGAUUGCUACGCAACGAAACAAACUGCUCCGGAGUGAUACUCACGACUCAUCUAUGAGUCGCUUGAAGGACUCUGAUCAAGUCGUCUCCUUCAACAAUUUAUUUAUUUCAGCUCUACCAACUGGUGAGGGAGAAUAUACGAAAAGUGAAGUUGACGAAUUUAAGCAAUUAUUCGAAAUGUUCGAUACGGAUGGCUCGGGUGCAAUCGGUAAUGAGGAACUGAAGAAGGCAAUGAUCAAAAUCGGUCUUCAGGCAAACGACCAAGAAAUCGACAAUUUAAUACGUGAAAUUGAUGAGGACGGUAACGGUGAGAUAGAUUUUGCGGAAUUCUGCACGUGCAUGAAGAAAUCACAGAAACUCGUCAAGUCAACGAAUGAAGAAAUCGUUCGUCAGUGUUUCGAGGUAUUCGAUCAAGACGGAAACGGCAUCAUAACCGGAAGUGAAUUCAAGUAUAUCGCUAAAGAGAUUGGUGGAUUCGAUGAGGAACUAGCUGAUUUGAUAUUCAACGAAGUGGAUAUAUCGUCGAAUGGACAUCUGACGGCCGAUCAGUUUGCAACGAUUGUCGACGACUACUUGUUUACGAAUAAUGAGGACGCGUCGUCGAGUAAACAAAUUCAAAACCAGCAACAAGAUGCUGAUGAUAUCUCGACAGUGUUCUCAUACGCUGGCUCAAUUGCUGAUUUAUCAUCGUAG